UAUAGCCUACAGUUUCUGGUUGUGAUAGCUCUCUCACUUCGCCGAUGUGAGCUUUCGUGAUUGUGGCCAUGGAGCGGUUUGUUUAAUCUCGGACUUUGGAGCGGCGAUUAUUGUUUAGACCUAAGGUGCUGGUGUUUGUGGUUUGUGCACUUGUCAAAGAACUAUGAGAAGGAAACUAGACGUUUGGUGGAUGGGACUCAUAGCAAAGCUUGUUUGGUGGAUGAGACUCAUAGCAAAGCUUCUUUGCCGAUGAUUGCAAAUCAUCAGAGAUAGACAAAGAAAUAUUGAACGGGUGCUCUGAAGAAGCCCAAGACAGAGGAGGUGGAAAACACAGACGACGACGGCGGUGGCGGCAAACAAACAGCAAACAAGACGAAUAUGGCGGAAGAGGAGAACGGCUAUCCAGAUAGCAGGCAAGAGCAAGAAGAAGCCCUCGUCGCUCUGAUCGAGCAUCGCACCCGGGAAGUCCACCAUCUCCGCCAGCGCGUCAACUAUUACAAAACUCAGCUUGGAGAAACGGAGAAGAGGUUAACUGAUGCCGAAAUUAAGUUGGCUCGACUUCGACGCCAAGACAAAGUAGGGUCAACCAGGAGUUCUCCGGGUGGUGGAACGAGAAGUCCAAAGGUGGAGCGCAGAUCAACAAGUCCUAUACAUUUAAAUGAAGGUUCUAGACACCAGCAUCAAUCGAAAACAGAACUUUUCAUUCCUGCAGUCAGCUCAAAAGUUUCCCAUCCUACAAUGGUGGCAGGUUCUAGUGGGAAAAAUCCAGUUAAUUCUAGUGCUCAAGCAAGUCCAUCAGUUUCUUGUCAGUCUAUUAGUGCUAACAGAACGAAAGGCGACAAAUCGUAUAGAAAUUCUUCAAAGCAGGACGUUGAAGUUCAAGAUAAUGGGAAAAAACGGAAAUUUGAACAGAAAGAACACAAAGAAUUAGUCCCGUUGGUUCGCACUAGCUCUCAACCAUGUAAAAUCAACUGCUAUGCGAGCAGUCACAUCUCAAGUCAGCACAAGAGAAAGUUGAGAAGUCUUUCUUUGUGUCCAGUGAAUGAUCAGCUUUUUGUGACCAGUGCUUUGGAUGGAGUAGUCAACUUCUGGCAAGUUCAGUCCAAAGGGUCUAGUGCUUCUCGACUUAGUUCUACUGAUUGUGCAUCUCCAAACAGGAGAUGGCCAGAAGAUAUCGCCUGGCACCCUGAUGGAAACAGACUAUUUUCUGUGUAUAGUGCUGAUGGUGGCGACUCGCAAGUAUCAGUCCUAGAUUUAAAUAGAACACAAGGGAAAGGUCGUGUUACUUUCUUCAAAGAUAAGCCUCAUGUGAGAGGGAUCAUUAACAACAUAGUUUUCCCACCCUGGGAGGAUACCUGUUUUGUCACUGGUGGUAGUGAUCAUGCUGUUAUAAUCUGGAAAGAGGCUGAUGCGGAGAAUGUAUGGAAACCAAAGACACUGCAUAGGAAUAUGCACUCAUCUGCUGUUAUGGGAGUUGCCGGGAUGUUCCAAAAGCAGAUAAUACUAUCAGCCGGAGCAGACAAGAGAAUUGUUGGGUUUGACGCUAACACAGGAAGAGCAGAGUUUAAGCAUCAGAUAGAAAGUAAAUGCAUGAGUGUGUUGCCAAAUCCUUGCGACUUCAAUAUCUUCAUGGUUCAAUCAGGGACCCAUGAGAAGCAGCUCCGACUAUUUGAUAUCAGACUGAGGCAAACAGAGAUACAUGCUUUUGGGUGGAAGCAAGAGAGCAGUGAAUCUCAGUCAGCUCUGAUCAAUCAGGCUUGGUCUCCUGAUGGCUUAUACAUCUCAUCUGGUACGGCAGAUCCAUUGAUCCACAUAUUCGACAUCAGAUACAACGCCAACAAGCCUUCUCAAUCCAUAAGCGCUCAUCAGAAACGGGUUUUCAAAGCUGUAUGGCUCCACUCAUGCCCCCUUCUCAUUUCCAUAUCUUCUGAUUUGAACAUUGGUUUACACAAAACCACGUAGACGGUUAUAAAACGUUCCAGCUGACAGAUACUACUAGCCCGGAAGUGAAAUUCCCUAUCUGGUUCUCUGUUGUCCUCAUUUUACGUCGGUGCUCAAAGAUCUAUUACUUGUUUUCAAGAGUAACAACUUUCAUAGUGCAUUUUUGUAAGAGUCGAGCGUAGGCAUGCUGUCGAGAUGUCGGAGAAUUGUACGUAGUUUUUUCGACGGGACGGUGCUGAUAAGUGGAUUAGAGUAUAUUUUAGAUGCAAAUUUCUUUGAGGAAAUGGAGGACAUGAUGCUAAGUGUAUUUUUAAGUACGCAAUGGCUGCCUUCAUUUUCGAUGUGCUUCUGUGGAAAUCAAACGCUAACCUUCAUCUCA